AUGUACCGGUCUAUGAAGUCGCGAAUCGACAGCAUGAAAGUCACAGGCGUGUGGGAUUUCGCGAAAAGCAACGGCGUGCUGCGAGUUGGAAUUAGCGGCAUCGGAACGAAGCUAGUACGAUCCGGAAUCGCUGUGUCGAAUAAUGAGGUAUUCGGGGCGGAUACACCGCUAGUGGUGUACAACGGUGCAGUGGGGGUUAGAGUUGUGCAAAAUUUCGUGCAUGACUAUGGGUUCGCGGGGAUUCGGUGCGGUGCGGAUGUGCGGAAUCAAGGCGACUGCAUGCUGGGGUUUAUUGGAUACAAUUACGUGUACAGCAGACUGAGGAAUAUGACUGGCGCCGCGGAUUCCGCAGGGAUUUACUACUGCAUCCAUUGGUUCAAUCCAGGUAACAGGGCUGAGUGUAACUAUGUGAAGGGGGGUGACCACUGUUAUUACCUGGAUUACAACACAUCAGGAGUGAAGGUGAUAGGAGGAGUGUGUUACGACAACUGGGAUGGGCUCAAAGUCAACAAUGGAAAAUUCAACCGUCUGAGACAUGUCUUGGUGGUGAACGCUCUUAAGGCCCCUGGUUGGUGCACCUGUCUCACCCCCACCGUCAACAACUGCAACAAGUUUCCCGGAAACUACUGGGAGAACAUGAGGAUCAAAUACUACAACACACCUGUCUUCAACCAGGUAUGGCACAAUCUCAGUUACGCUCUGUGUUUGAACCCAGAGUCAACGGGAAUACACUACAUUUUAUAG